AUGAUGAAUAAUGACGAUACAUUCAUAUCGGAUCAAGAAGAAGAUGUUUGUCCGUUAUGUGUGGAAGAAAUGGAUAUCUCAGACAAAAAUUUCAAGCCCUGUCCAUGUGGUUACCAGGUGUGUCAAUUCUGCUACAACAACAUCCGUCAGAAUCCUGAAUUAAACGGGAAAUGCCCUGCAUGUCGUCGGCCAUAUGAAGAUAAGAACGUCGAAUACAAAGUGAUUUCCCAGGAAGAAUGGAAACUUAAUCAGGCUAAGCAGGCCAGAAAAGAGAAAGAGAGAAAGCAAAAGGAAAAGGAAAAGAAAGAUGCAGAGCAGGCGUCUCGACGUCAUUUGGCAGGCAUGAGAGUCAUUCAAAAGAACCUGGUGUACGUGGUUGGCUUGAACCCACCAGUGUCUCCUGAGGAACUACAUAAUGUCUUAAGAAGUGAAAAAUAUUUUGGUCAAUACGGUAAGAUUCUCAAAAUUGUCAUCAAUAAAAGAAAUCGCACAAAUCACCACAAUCAUAACCCAGGCUUCGGUGUUUAUGUGACUUUUGCUAGGAAGGAAGAUGCUUCAAGAUGCAUAGCGGCGGUAGAUGGUUCUAUCUCUGACGGGAGAGUUUUAAGAGCUGCCCAUGGUACCACGAAGUACUGUUCUUCUUAUUUAAAGGGUCAGAAUUGUCCAAACCCUAAUUGUAUGUUUUUGCACGAACCUGGUGAAGAAGCCGACUCUUACACAAGACAGGAUCUAUCUACUAGACAGGGUUUAAAAAUGGGUGAAAGUCCAAGAGCUGCUGUUCAUGGUCUUAUUCCACCCCCGGACAUGGUUCCCUCACCAACUAUUGAAGAACCUGUCGCUACAGAACGUCAUGUGGAUACACAAGUAUCCGAUGGAUCUAUUUUACCUUCUACUGCUUCCUGGGGAAAGAAUACCAAAGCGUCUUCUACAAUUCUUCCAACUUUCCAAUCUCCUAGUGUGGAUCACUCAACAUUGAGGAAUACCAGCUCGUUCCCAAGUUUUGCAGAGACUCAGCAACUUCAUGCAAACUUGCAUACUCCGCCUGCUCCCAAAAAGAAGGAAAAGAAAUCGGAUGCACACGAAUCCUUGGAUGAAGUAUCCAAAGAAAUUCUAUCUGCUGUCGAAAAUAUUGAAGAAACUGUCAGAACUUUUUUUCAAUCAUCAAAUUCUGGAUAUCAAUUGAAGGGAGAAUAUAAAUAUAGAAAGAGGGAUAUUCCGAGAUUAUUUUUAUCUGGUUUCCAGCAAGCCCCGGCUUUUUUCGAAGAAAGUAAGGAUGGGAAUUCGGAGGAUAUGUCCCAUUUGGUGGACUUGUUGCUGUUUUCUCCUGGAGUUAAGAACUAUAGUUUCUACAGAGCUACUCCAAGUCAACAGCAGUUACAGCAGCAGCAGCAAUCUCAGCAGGUGCAACAGGCACAGCAAGUUCAACAGGCUCAACAAGCUCAGCAGGCCCAGCAGGCUCAGCAGGUUCAACAACAGGCUCAGCAGGCCCAACAGCAGCAGGCACAGCAACAGCAACAACAGCAACAAUUGCAGCAGCAGCACAUCCAACAAUUGCAACAAAUACAGCAACUACAACUUGCGCAACAGCAGCAGCAACAGCAACAGCAGCGUCAACAACAGGAACACCUUCUUCAGCAAUUGCAGCAGCAGCAGCAGCAACAAUAUCACCAACCUCAAACACAAGGCCAAAAUUUCCCACAACAGUACUUGAUGCAACAGGCCCAAGCUCAGGCCCAAGCUCAAGCUCAAGUUUUAGCCCAUGCUCAGCAUGACAACUCAUCCAAUCCAAUGUUCACUAACAUCAGAGAAGGAUCUGGGGUCUCAGCUACACCUCCACCCCCAGGAUUGUUUAGUGGAGUGACCAAUCACACUACGGAAACUCAUAACACUCCAUCAUCUGAACUAUUGAACCAGCUGAUGAACGGGGAGGGUAGAAACUCGAUCAAUGCUUAG